AGCACAGUUUAAAGUUCAUAGGUCAGAGUAGAUAAGCGUACGACAUGCGUCGCGGCUUCGCUCGCAGUUCAAAAUGGCUAAGCAUCAUCCGGAUCUCAUCUUUUGUAGAAAACAAGCUGGAGUUGCCAUCGGACGAUUAUGUGAAAAAUGUGAUGGAAAGUGUGUGAUUUGUGACUCGUACGUGAGGCCCUGCACACUAGUACGCAUCUGCGACGAGUGCAACUACGGUUCUUAUCAGGGCCGCUGCGUCAUCUGUGGAGGACCCGGGGUUUCCGACGCCUACUAUUGCAAGGAGUGCACUAUCCAGGAGAAAGAUCGAGACGGCUGCCCGAAGAUUGUAAACCUGGGUAGCUCCAAGACUGACCUCUUCUAUGAACGGAAAAAGUAUGGCUUCAAGAAGAGGUGAUUGUUUGGAAGGUGAAUCUGGAUCAUCCAAAACACUGGUGGCCCUGUUUUGGCAAUCGACAUGAAGAAUUUGGAAAGACCAAUUCAGAUGCGUUUGACUCAGGAGCCAAAACCACGAGCACAACUGUUGAACAACUCUCAUAGCAUUCAUGUCACACAACAUGGCCUGUGCCUCUUUUCUGCAAAAAACUACAUUUUUCUAGGUGUAGGAUGUGAUUAUAUAAUAAACCUGUUUUUGAAAUAAA